AAGGAGAUGGGGUUUAUUUUAUUAACAGUGACAAGUGUUCAAAACCUGGCCUGGAAUCCGAAGCUUACAGAGUGCACUCUCAUACGUGAGUUGCAUGACAUCUCCAAAGCACGAGCACGUCAAAUUGGAUAUAUAAGAACUUCAGUUCUGGUCCAGCAGCAGUCAUCGAGCCUUUGAUUUUCGCAGCAGUCCACGAGUAGUCUUCAACACUAAAUUUCGUGCAAGAUGGACAUUAGCAGAUCUCUGUUGGGUUGCUGCCUGGUGCUGGCCUUUGCCGCUCAAAUAUCCCUCGCUCGUCAGUUGUCCGUUCAAGCCCACGCUAACGACCUGGUCUGGUCUCAUGAUCAUUGGUUCAAGCUGUCCUUCAACACCAAGGCCUACUGUCUGGGCUGGAUGAAAAAUGUCGAAGCUAACAAUAUUAAGAACUGGGAUCUCAUUCCCUUGAACUGCUACAGCACCGUCAAGAAAUACAUGGAACAGGGUCAGUACUGGGUUGAUUUGAGCGUUGCUGGCGACGCUGCAUGGACCUACUUGAGUACCUUCAAAGCUGAUGGGCAUGAUGCAGUCAUGUUUGAUAUUGAUGAGACUCUUCUGAGCACCUUAGAGUACCAAAGAGACAUAUCCGUCUACGGAACUACUCUGUUCAAUAGCACAGCUUUCGAUAGCUAUGUAGCCCAAGGAAUUUCCCCCGCGAUUAAGUCAUCUCUUGCUUUAUAUAAUAAACUUAAAGAUGCUGGUUUCAAGUUGGUCAUCUGCACCGGAAGGAAAGAGCAGUUGCGAGCGGUGACAGAAAAGAACCUGCAAGCUGAAGGGUAUACCGAUUAUACCGAGCUCGUUCUAAAGACGGAAGAAUACAACGGCUUGACAGCAGCAGUUUACAAGUCAAUGGCAAGAGCGAAGCUGGUCAAAGAGAAGGGUUACGUCUUCAGGACCUGCGUUGGCGAUCAGUUUAGUGAUUGCGCAGGUGAUGCCAAGGGCGAAGACACUUUCAAGUUCCCCAAUCCGAUGUACUACAUAAAGUAAAGUCCAAGAGACGACCAAAUUUCCUUAACUCCAGUUCCAUGUCUCACCUUCAAUAGGGUCAGACGUCAUCCGGCAGUACUUCCUUUUAAGGUAGAUACGUGAAGACUGACAAGAAUGUUCAUUUGUUGACCUCACACUACUGUGAUGCAAAAUAAAUUUAAAUUCGUUACUUUGAC